AUGUCUCGCCUCAUCACCCUCUCCUUAAUUACAUCAACAUUAUUAAUCCUGAUCAUCUUUCCCUUAAACAGCACUGCCAGAUUACAUCCUGGGGACUGCCGCCCUACAGAGAGGCAAGCCCUUCUCAACUUCAAGCAAAACCUGAUCGACGUCGCUGAUCGCCUUGUCUCGUGGUCUGCUGAUCAUGACCACGGAGAUUGCUGCAACUGGUCUAAUGUUGUCUGUGACAGCGUUACAGGGCAUGUCCUCGAGCUGCAACUGAGCAGCACUUCAAAUCUUCCUGAACAGGCAUUUAGUGGUGUAAUCGAUUCGUCCCUGUCGAAAUUGGAGCAGCUGACGCUGUUGGAUCUCAGUGACAAUGCCUUUGGUGGAAUUCCUCUGCCCAGCUUCCUCAGCUCCAUGAAGAAUUUGCGGGUUCUGAACUUGGCCAGGUCCGGAUUCGGAGGAAGCAUUACUGCUGACGAUCAGCUUGACAACCUGUCAAACCUCAGGUAUCUCAGCCUCCAAGGAAAUUACAUCAAAGUUGAGACUCUGGAGUGGCUUUCCAGUCUUUCUUCUCUGGAGCUGCUAGAUUUGGGUUUCUUGGACCUCGGUAGCGUCUCAGAUUCAUGGCUGGAUGUCAUCAACAAGCUCCCUUUGCUUGUCGAGUUGCGUCUCUCCUAUUGCCAACUUGGACAGGUCCCGGAGUUCCUGAACCCUGUCAAUUUCACAUCUUCCAUGUCAGUUCUCGAUCUAUCACACAAUAAUAUCUCCAGUCAGCCUCCAUUUCCCAAAUGGGUUCUUGAUCUCAGGUCCUUAACUUACCUCAAUCUCGCAAACAACCGAUUUCAGGGCCAUAUCCCUGAGGGUAUUCAGAACCUGAGUUCACUCGAAACACUUGACCUGUCCUGGAAUUCGUUCAGUUCCUUGAGCCCAACCUCCUUCUCUUCCCUGAUCAGACUUAGGCUCUUCAACCUUGCAUUCAAUAACCUUGGAGGUGAUCUUUCUGGAGCCAUGGGGGAUAUGACUUCCCUCGUGGAACUUGAUCUCUCCUCAAAUGGGUUUCAAUUUGUUGGAGGAAUUCCAAAUUAUUUCAGCACAUUUUGCAACCUGAAAUUGCUUACCUUAUCAGAUGUCAGGCUAAAACAGGAUGUCAACCAAGCUUUUGAUGUUCUGUCUCGAUGUCCUGCAAAUGGUUUGAAGACCAUCAGGAUGUCCAAUUGUCAGUUAUUUGGUUCCUUGAACAUUUCCCUUGCGAAGUUCAAGAACCUCGACACACUUUCCUUAUCGAAGAAUUCGAUUUCAGGUCCACUACCAAAGUCUUUGACAGACUUGGGAUCGUUAAAGUAUUUAGAGCUUUACAGCAACAAAUUCCAUGGAACCCUUCCCACAAGGUUUGGAACUCUCACAAACCUAGAGUCGAUUGACAUCUCUGACAACUUACUGGAAGGUGAUGUCUAUGAGAUUCACUUCUCAAACCUCACCAAGUUGUGGAUGUUUCGCGCGUCUGGAAACCUGCUCAGGCUGGAAGUAGGUUCAGAUUGGGCUCCUCCACCACAAUUGAAUGAUUUGGGACUAGGAUUAUGGAGACUCGGACCUCGAUUUCCUUCUUGGCUUCAGUCCCUAAAGCUGCUAAACAGCUUGAACUUGUCCAAUUCAGGAAUUUCUUCUCACAUUCCGUCUUGGGUUUUCUUCAACUCUGUUUUAUACAGCAUUGAUCUAAGCUCAAAUCUUUUGACUGGUCCAUUGCCUUUUAUUUCUCCGAUUACAAGCAUUCUGGACCUCUCAAACAAUAGCCUCUCUGGAACCAUUACAAACUUCCUCUGCUACAAGCCCAAGGAAGACAAGAUGACCCAAGUCCUCAACCUCGGAGGAAAUCGAUUUCGUGGCGAAGUUCCUGACUGUUGGGGAUCCUGGAAGUACCUUGAAGCUGUGAAGUUGAGCAGCAACAGGUUCACUGGCAGCAUCCCUUGGUCUAUUGGAACAUCUGUGUUUCUCGAUUCGCUUAACCUGCGAAACAACAAACUCUCUGGCCACAUUCCAUCCUCACUGAAGAACUGCUCCAAGCUCGUUGCACUCGAUUUCAGCGGGAACGAACUGGCCGGAACAAUCCCUGCCUGGAUUGGAGAAAAUUUGAGGAAACUGAUGAUUCUGAACUUCAGGAACAACAACUUCCAUGGACCCAUUCCUGAGCAGCUCUGCGAGGCGAAUUCGCUGCGAAUUCUCGACCUUGCCAACAACAAUCUCAUCGGAAGAAUCCCCAAAUGCGUCAACAACUUCACGGCGAUGGUACAAAUGAACGAUUCCGGUGGCACGAUUCUCCUGAGCUACAAUGGGACCGGCCCGUUCUUCGAGACGGCACUGAUCAUGAUCAAAGGAAAACUAUCCGAGUACGGUUCCAUUUUGAAGCUGGUGAGAAGCAUAGACUUGUCGGAAAACAAAUUGUCAGGGGAAAUCCCUUGGGGCAUGACUAGACUCGAAGGGUUGCAGUCACUGAACCUGUCAGGAAACUUGCUGACGGGGGAAAUACCUGAGGACGUCGGAGCAAUGAGAUCGCUGGAAUCCAUCGAUUUGUCUCAGAAUCAGCUUUCAGGGGAAAUCCCAAGGAGCAUGUCAGGGAUGACGUUUCUGAGCUUCCUGAACUUUUCUGACAACAAGUUGAGCGGCAGGAUUCCUUCAAGCACCCAAUUCGACGGAUUUAAUGCCUCAAGUUUUGCCGGGAACUUGAAUCUCUGCGGCCUCCCACUUGCCAGAAACUGCAGCAAUGUUCCUGCGCCUGGGCAGGACGGGAUUGGGAACGGAGAGGAGGAUGAAGGCCACGUAUAUGAACAGUGGUACUUCUAUGUCAGCAUAGCAAUUGGAUUCAUAGUGGGAUUCUGGGGCGUUGUUGGUUCCUUAGCACUGAGCAGGAGUUGGAGGUAUGGUUACUUCCGGUUUAUCGAUAGUUUGUGGUACAAAUUUAGAACGGGAUAA